CCUACUCCUGGUUUGGUGUCCUGACCGCUCUCACUGGGACUGAUCCAGUCCGCCCGAUUAAGGCAGGCAGACUAUUAUGGUCUGCCACACCGACGGGGAGAGCUUUUCACCGUGAAGAUGGCGGAGGCUGCGGAUUUACAGCAACAUCGCUUUUUCUGUCAUUGCUGUAAAUGUGAGACGAGUCCGAAACUCCCGGAUCUGGUCUGCCCCCGAUGUGACUCUGGCUUCAUUGAGGAAGUACCAGCAGAUUCCAGCCUCCUCCAGGACACCUCAGCAUCGGUUGCCAACGAAGAUUCAAACUCUUUAUUCUCAGAGUUAUGGCAGCUGCUAUUCAUGGAGCGCUCUGACCUGCUGUCGCAUCCACCUUCGUCCGACGCUUACCCAGAUGGCAGCGAGCAGGUAUCUGCAGGUCAGAGCCCUCCCCCUCCACACACACCCACGACUCCUGAGGCCGGAGAGCAGGAGUCGCCCCCCGGCCCCGAACAAGAACAAGAGAGGCUGUCCAGGCCCGACCAGAGACCUGCAGUGGAAGGGAUUGUUCAAGGAUUCUUGGCUGGCCUAUUUGCCAAUAAUGGAAACCCUGGGGCAGCCCCAGCUACACUAUCCAGCAUGCUACAGCUGUACUCAAACCCGGGAGAUUAUGCGUGGGGUCAGGGAGGUCUGGACUCAGUCAUCACAGAGUUGUUAGGACAGUUGGAGAAUACGGGUCCACCUCCAGCAGAAAAGGAAAUGAUCGCAUCCCUGCCAACAGUUUGCAUCUCUGAAGAACAGACAGACUGCCGUCUAGAAUGUCCAGUUUGUAGGGAGGAAUAUUCAUCAGGGGAGUGUGUCAGGAAGCUCCCCUGCCUCCACUACUUCCACAGUGAAUGUAUAGUGCCUUGGUUGGAGCUGCAUGAUACUUGCCCGGUGUGUCGCAAAAGUCUUGAUGGGGUUGACAACAGCCUCGCUCCAACAUCAGAGCCCCUGGACGUGCACACAGUCAGGCGGGAACAACAGGAGAAGCAGACGAUCUGAGAAACAGCUUUACCUCCUUUACUGUUUUCAGAAAACACAAUUGUCACCUCAGACCAGCUGCUUUUAGAUAAAAUACACUACUACUACAAGCAUUACAUCAUAACUUUUGGAUUCCACCUGCACGUGAACCAUGCAUUUUGGUUUUCCACCGUAGCAUAAUCACUUUUUCUACACAACACUGCUCAUAGAAGAAUCCAGAAAUGUGUCUUUCUCACUGCACCGCCCUCUCACGUGGUGUUUUCAAUGACUGACUUUGAUUUCACAAACUAAUCACCCCUGAGCUUCCAGUUGCUGUCAAUGUGACAGCGUCUCGCAUAUUUAUGGGAAAACACUGUUGCUUUAUUGUCUUGGUAAGACAGUUUUUCAUGCAGCGUGUUGUUCAUCUUUUAUGACGUAAAGCUGUUAUUAAAGCUUAAGACUGUGACCUCCACCUUCUGCACAUUCUUUCAUCAUCCGCGUCGAGUGAUAAUCAGAAGAAGAUAUUCCAACCUGUUCAGUAAUCAUGUGGGCUAACAAGGUCAUCGUGAUUUACUGACUGAAUUAAUAGUUUUGCAUUAAAGUCACUAUU